UUGGUUAUUUACUUCUCUACUCCUUCUCGUAAAACUAUUGAAUUGAGAGGAAAGCAUGCUCUGGUCACAGGCGGGUCCAAAGGUAUUGGGAAAGAAAUUGCUCAUCAGUUGAUUUUGAAAGGGUGUCAUGUUACCAUUGUGGCCAGAAAUGAAAAUGACUUGAAAGCCACUUGUGAAGAGCUUCAGCUUCUAGCUGAUCAGAUGGGACAAAAACAAAAAGUUCAAUGGGCUUCUAUAGAUCUCACAAAGAAUUUCGAAGAUAUAGAGAAGUCUGUGAGAAAAACUGAAGUAGAUUUUGGUCCUGUCCACAUACUCAUCAACAAUGCUGGUCACAGUGUUCAAUCUGGGUUUGAAGAUAUUAAGGUUGAAGAUUUUGAGAAGCAGAUGAAAGUAAAUUAUCUGAGUGCGGUUUACAUGACUCGAGCUGUAGUGGCAGGAAUGAAAGCUCGUCGUGCCGGCCACAUAUCUUUUGUUUCUUCUGCUGCUGGUCAAUGUGCCAUUUACGGAUAUUCAGCUUAUUCUCCCACUAAGUUUGCGCUCAGAGGCUUUGCUGAUGUUCUACAUAUGGAGCUCUUACCGUACAAAAUCAAUGUUUCUCUCCUUUAUCCACCAAACACUGAUACUGAAGGUUUCAAGGUUGAGUUAGAAACAAUGCCUGAAGAGACUAAGUUGAUGUCUGACUCGGCCGGUCUGUUUUCUCCUCAGGAUGUUGCUGUUGCGCACUUGGCUGAUAUUGAGUCUGGUCAAUACUGCACCACUAUUGGAUUGGACGGUUGGAUGCUUGGCGUUUUAACUGCUGGUGCUUCUCCAGAAAAAAGUUUAGCCAGGGCCCUUGUUCAAAGUUCCUGUGCAGGAUUGUUCCGAGCUGUCAUGCUCUGUUAUAUUGGGUAUUUCAACGGCAUUGUUAAGAAAUGCUAUUAUCGUAGAAAAGCAGUGGAAGAAGAGAAAGAAGAGUAG